AUGCACCCGAGCAAGCCUUCCACGUCAGCGGUUUCGAAAUGUACUCCAAUCACUGCGGACGAUUCGAUCGUGAUCAGUGGGAUUGCGGGCAAGUAUCCGCGUUCGGACAGUGUGGAACAUUUUGCCGAAAACCUGUACAACAAGGUGGAUUUAGUCGACGAUAAGGAAGAUCGUUGGCGACAUCUGUACGCCGGCAUACCGAAGCGCCUGGGAAAGCUGAAUAAUUUGGGCAAGUUUGAUGCGGAAUUCUUCAACAGUGGCUUUCAGGAAACGCACACCAUGGAUCCGCAGCAACGUCUGCUGCUGGAGCAUUGCUAUGAAGCAAUGCUGGAUGCCGGUCUGCAUCCGGAUGAUAUUAAGGGAACGCGCACCGGUGUGUUUGUCGGUGUGUCGAUUGCGGAGACGGAAAUCUAUUGGACGUACAAGAAAACAAAGUCACCAUACAACAGGUCCAUCCUGGGAUUCGUUCGAAGCAUGCUUGCGACCAAAAUUGCAUACGCGUUGGAUUUGAAGGGACCUUCCAUGGCGGUGGAUACGGCAUGCAGCAGCUCAAUGUACGCUCUCGAUUGGGCCUGUAAGGCCAUACGGCAGGGACAGUGUGAUGCUGCCAUUGUCGCCGGUACCAACCUUACGCUGCAUCCUUACAUCACCCUUCAGUUUGCGCUGCUCGGCGUGUUGGCGGCGGACGGAUACUGUCGGCCAUUCGACAAGAAUGCUUCCGGGUAUUCGCGCUCCGAGGCUAAUGCUGUAAUUCUGCUCCAAAAGGCUAAGGAUGCCAAGCGUAUCUAUGCGCACGUGGUCAACACCAAAACGAACUGCGAUGGUUAUAAGCUCGAGGGCAUUACCUUUCCUUCCAACAAGGUACAGAAACAGCUGCUGGAUGAACUCUACUCCGAGGUUCCCUAUGACCCAAAGGACAUCAGCUAUGUGGAAGCGCACAGUACCGGUACCGUGGUUGGUGAUCCGGAAGAGUGUGACGCCAUUGAGAAGGUGUUUUGUCCCGACAGAACCGAACCACUGUUGGUUGGAUCGGUUAAAUCUAACAUCGGCCAUUCGGAAGCAGCAGCAGGAAUCUGUUCCGUUACGAAAUGUGUUAUUGCGAUGCAAAACUGUAGCAUUCCGCCGAACAUCAAUUAUACGGAGCCACGUACGGAUGUACCAUCGCUGUUAAAUGGAAAGCUUAAAGUCGUUGAUCAAUCCACCCCUCUAGCUGGACCACUGGUGGCGGUAAAUUCCUUCGGAUUUGGAGGUGCAAAUGCUCAUGCCCUGUUGCACAACUGUACGAAGUCAAAGACUAAAGGAGGAUGUCCAUCGGAUGCCUUGCCACGGUUGGUCGUUUGGAGCGGUAGAACCAUGGCUGCGGUGGAUAACUUUUUGAACGGUCUGAAAGGUAAAGGAUACGAUGCAGAACUGUACGCACUUACGCACAACAUUCAGCGGAAGGAAAUUCCUAAAAUGACCACCAAAGGAUACGUUAUUUUCGGAGGACGUAAGGAUGGCACCGUUGAGCAACUUUACAAAGCCGCGUCAACCGUAAUUCCCAAGAAGUACAAGAUUCCCACCGUAACUCUCGUGUUCGGACCACUGGAUAACAACUGGAAGACUACAGUGGAAACAUUCAAACAGUUUCCCGAGUUUGCUAAAAGCACUAAAGAUUGUUUGCUGGCAAUAAGGGGAUGUGGUUUCGAUGCUUUCGACCAAACAAUGCAAACGGACGAUCCCAUUCAUCGCACCUUGUGGACGUUCAUCACUCAGGUGGGUGUGUAUCGCAUGUUGGUGAAGUGUGGUCUAUCCAUUGAUCAGUACGCUGGAUAUGGUGCUGGACAAAUAACGUGCGCGCAUCUCGAUGGUGUACUAUCGCUACAAGAUGCGUUACGUGUAGGUUACGCGCAGGGAUACAUCAUUCGAGCCCAUCAUACCGAGAAAAGCUGCAGUAUUGCGUCGAACAAACAGCUCAACGCUAAGCUGGUGGCUGCAUUGAAACCUCUGCGGCUACAGGCUGCAUCACCGAGAUGGUUUAAUCCUUGCCAGCUCAAAAUGUUUGAUAUGUACGAUCCUAAAGUGACGGCAUCGCUGUUCCAAAGAUUAGACAAUGAAACAUUCAUUCUACAACCUUUGAAUGAUUCUUUGAAAGCUCCUAACGAAGUUGUCAUCAACUUCCUUCAGACACUUGGAAAAAUAUUCCAGAAGGGCCAUCAAAUCAAUCUACUAUCGCUAUAUCCUCCAGUUGAAUUUCCUGUAUCGCAGAGUACUCCCAUGAUAUCGUCCCUUCUGGAGUGGGACCAUUCAGCCGAUUGGCACGUCACCAACUUCCGAACGACCCGUAUGGUAGAUCAAAGCACAUCUGAAUAUACCAUUUCGCUCUCGGAACAAGACUACAUCGCUGGCCACUGUAUCGAUGGAAGAAUCCUAAUACCAGCUACGGGCUAUCUUUUCUACGUGUGGGAUUCUUUCUCCGGUAAGAUGGGUAUCAUUCCCGAGGAAAUGCCGGUCGAGUUUUUCGAUAUAGAAUUUCUGCGUGCUACCACACUCGUUGGAGAUCAACAGGUAACGCUUACAGUUGAUUUGAAUGAAGUAACGGGCUAUUUUGAGGUGCGUGAAGGUACGGCACUGGUAGUAACGGGUCGCAUCCAAGCGCUUACCAAUUACAAACCACCGGUCAUUGAACAUAAGAAGAGUAGUGCUGUAAUGCUCCCAUCGAAGGAUUUCUACAAGGAGCUGCGGCUGCGUGGAUACCACUACGGAGGAUUUUUCAAAUCCGUUUUAGAGUCCGCUGCCGAUGGGUCCUAUGCUAAAAUCGAAUGGAAAUUCAACUGGACAGCUUUACUCGAUUGCAUACUACAAGUUGCCAUCAUUGCUGUGGAUUCUCGUUCGCUCGUGAUACCUACACGCAUUGACUCCAUUAAAAUUGAUCCGAUACAGCAUAAGGGUACAGAUAAAUCCCUAGGCAAUGAAGUUCCUAGCUACAACGUUUGCUUCAAUCCCGAACUUAACCUACUGCAGUGUGGAGCUAUAGAAAUACGCGGUCUUAAUGCGAGUACUAUCGCUCGACGUCUUCCACCGGGUGUUCCUGUGCUCGAGAGCUAUCGCUUCCAGCCUUACUACCCUCAAAACACAGUUCAAACAGCCACAGCAGUCUCAACCAUUGUCCAAAUGAUUCUCGAAAAUCAAGCCACAAUAUUUUUCACCGUUACGGAAGUUCACUCCAAAUCGAGGGACCCGAUCGUUUCCCUCUUCGGUGAAGCUAUCGGUGAUUUGCCCUUGGUGAAGGCUCACCUUACAUUGCUCUCCAGUGCUAAGCCGGAGCCCAUUCCUAGCGUCACCAUCUCGGAGGAUAAGCUCAUGAAGCAACGCAACAUACUAUUGCUCAUCUGCGAGAACCUUUUCAAUGAUGACGAGUUCAUCUCCGAUGCGAUCAACUCUCUAUCCGAUCAGGGCUUCAUAUUGCUUCGUGAGGCUCAAGGAUAUCGUCUACAGGAUAGCCAUCGACGACUUCAGCUUGUGAGCACCAUUCCGAUCGAAGGUGAAACAUUCCUGCUUCUGCAACAAAAGAAGUCCGCUAUGAAUACCUCCGUCGAUGCUCACGUGAUCCAGAUAUCAUCGAACGAUACGACCCAUAAUUGGUUGCUGGAGUUGAAGCAAGAAGUCAAAACCAAACCCGUCAUCCUCUACGCCCAGAAUGAUUCGUCCUCGGGUAUCAUCGGCCUUGUGAACUGCAUCCGCAAGGAACCUAACAUUCAAAGCGUGUCCUGCUUCUUCAUCGAUGACCCCAAUGCACCACCGUUCGAUGCUUCCAAUCCAUUCUACAAAGAUCAGAUCGAGCUUGGACUUGCGAUCAAUGUCUAUCGCCAUGGAGCAUGGGGAUCCUAUCGCCAUUUUAAGUUACUGGAAGAACCACGUUAUGAGUCCACCACUAACCACUGUUUCGCCAAUUGCGUUAAGCCUGGAGAUCUCUCUUCGUUCACGUGGAUGGUUGGACCGUUGAGUGAGCAACCACCGUCAAGCCCGUUGGUCAAAGUCGUUUACAGUUCCUUGAAUUUUAAAGAUGUCAUGAUCGCUACUGGAAGACUCACGAUCGAAACGUUCUGCACUGACCGACUACAGCAAGAGUGUAUUUUGGGCUUCGAGUACUCUGGAGUCACUGCCACCGGCAAACGAGUUAUGGGAAUUAUUCCAGCUGGAUCCAUGGCUACAAUAAUUGAAGCUGAUUCUCUCUUCACUCUGAAUGUUCCUGAUGAGUGCACCCUGGAGCAGGCGGCUACUAUCCCUACGGUUUACGCUACGGUCUAUGCCGCCUUCUUCAUUUGCGCUCAUAUUCGCAAAGGAAACUCCAUUCUCAUACACGCCGGUACGGGAGGCAUAGGUCUAGCUGCGAUUCGAGUAUGUCUGGCUUACGGACUUGAAGUCUUUACCACUGUGAGCACCAAGGAAAAACGUGAAUUCCUCAUAAGCUACUUCCCCGAUCUUAACCCCAACAACAUCGGUAAUUCCAGAGACAUCUCCUUCGAAGCCCUCAUCAAGAAGCGUACCAAUGGGCGUGGUGUUGACUUCGUUCUCAACUCCCUCUCCGAGGAAAAGCUUCAGGCUUCCAUUCGCUGCCUGGCUAAGGGUGGACAUUUCCUAGAAAUUGGAAAGUAUGACAUGAUGAAGGACUCUAAACUGGCAAUGACACUCUUCCAAAAAGGACUCACCUUCACCGCCGUGCUCGUCGAUUUGAUGUUCCAGGAGAAACGAGAGCUCUUGCAGGCGUUACACAAACUCAUUGUGGAGGAUAUCUCCAAGGGCAUCAUACAGCCGCUUCCUACCACCGUUUUCCAGGCGCACGAGAUCGAACAAGCGUUCCGAUAUCUUGCUACGGCCAAGCACAUCGGAAAGGUUGUGCUCAAGAUUCGAGAUAACGAAGACGAUCUCGCAUCCGUCCCGUUAUCCUAUCUCCCGCGGGUGUACUGCAACCCCGAGCAAAGCUUUGUCAUUGCUGGAGGUCUUGGUGGAUUUGGACUUGAGCUGGCGGAUUGGCUUAUCGUUCGGGGCUGCCGUAAGCUGCUUCUUAGUUCCAGCAGAGGAAUCACCAAGCCCUAUCAGCAAUACCGUGUCAACACAUGGCACACGUACGGAGUGCAAGUUCUCGUCUCUACCGAAGACAUUUCCUCUGAGAAUGGCUGUCGCCGACUUCUCCAGCAAGCCAUCCGAAUGGGACCCAUCGCCGGCAUCUUCAAUCUGGCCGUACAGCUACGGGAUGCCAUCAUCGAAAACCAAUCGGUGGAUAAGUUUGCCGAGUGUCUGGCUCCUAAAGCCACCGCUACACAUCAUCUCGAUCUACUCAGCCGAGAGCUGUGUCCCAUGCUGAAGCAUUUUGUCGUUUUCUCCAGCGUAUCGUGUGGACGAGGAAACGCCGGGCAAUCUAACUACGGCAUGGCGAACUCCAUCAUGGAACGCAUCAUCGAACAUCGUGUCGCUCAAGGCCUGCCCGGAAAAGCCAUCCAGUGGGGAGCCAUCGGAGAGGUGGGAAUUGUUGCCGACAUGCAGGAAGAUAAAAUCGAUAUGGAGAUCGGUGGUACAUUGCAGCAACGGCUCUCCUCGUGCAUCCAAGUGCUCGAUCAGCUGCUGACCACUCCGGAACCUCUUGUGGCUAGUAUGGUUGUGGCCGAGAAGCGUAGCUCUAGCGGUGGCGCCAAGAACAUCGUCGAAGCCGUCAUGAACAUCAUGAACAUUCGCGAUAUGAAGUCCGUCUCCGUGGAGAGCACGCUCGCUGACAUCGGUAUGGACUCGCUCAUGGCCGUCGAAAUCCGACAGGUUCUGGAGCGAGAUUUUGAUAUCAUCUUGACGCCUCAAGACCUUCGCACGCUUACCUUCUCCAAGCUUCAGAAGCUCGCCGAUGCCAAGGCCGAGAACGAGGCUGCCGAAACCGCUACUCAACAGCUGCAGCUGGAGGAUUUGUUGGCAAGUUUCGGAGAUGAAGCCGCCAGUCAUCACACUGUCCUACGGCUGCCUUCCAAAUGUAACGACCUCGUGUUCGAUCGACCUGUUUUGCUCAUACCGGGAAUUGAGAGCGUAUGUAGUCCAGUCUGGACCAAGAUCGCUUCCGAGAUCAACGCUCCUACAUUUAUGCUCCAAACAUUCGCCAACGCAACUGACGAGCAGACCAUCCCCGGAAUCGUUGACGCCGUCUUUGACGAGAUGUUCGAGACUGUCUUCGCCAAAGCGGAACAGUUCUUGGUCAUUGGAUAUUCCUUCGGAUCGCUGUUAGCACUAGAAAUUGUAAAGCGCCUAGAGGCACGAUCACUUCACGGAAAGGUGAUGUUAAUCGAUGGGUCCCCGUUGUACCUGCAGCGUUUCGCCAGCCACCAUUUAUCGGGCUUCGACGACGAGCACUUACAAAUGGCAAUCCUCACGCUCGUGCUUUCUUUUUCGUUGCCUUCAGUGUCCAACGAAAUUUUAGCCACGAUCACGAGUGAAGCCACGUACGAAAACCGUGUCUCCAAAAUGUUGGAAAUUGGUCGUGAAUCAAAUCCAUUCUCGGAAGACUACACACGUAAAAUGAUGCGAGUAUUGUUCUAUCGGCUGAAAGCCGCCAUGAACAUGAGCACCGAUGUGAAGGAAAAGCUGUCAUCUCCAUUGGUGCUUGUGCGCUCGGGAACGAUUAGCGAAAUUGAGGAGGAUUAUGGUUUAAGUGAAUUUACCCAGUCGUCGAUGAUUGUCAAAGUCAUCGAUGGAACGCAUCAGACCAUGCUUUCGAACAUGGAAUUGAUUGAAAUUAUUAAUAAGGACACUCUGUGA